AUCGAACAGCGACACAGCACAACUCAUCACAAACCUCUGCCACCGGCAUCGAGUUGUAGUUCUGUACCGUGCCAUCGAUCCGUAGUCUUCGGCGGCAUGGAGUUCGCCGGAGAAGCCGACGGCUUCGCUCUCGACCUCAUCCGCGAGCACCUCCUCGGCGGCGACGGCGGUGUCCAGGCGACGGCUAGCCAUGAUCAGGGCCCUUUUUGCGACGACGGCACCUUCCCCGUGCAGCAGCCCAUGUUCUUCCCGCAGCAGCAGCAAGAAGAGAUGCAAGGUUACAUGGACCUGGCAAACCAGUACCUGAACUCCUGCCCGGCUGCCGACGUCCCUGAGGCCGCGUUCCGGGCGCCGGAGCCGGUGAUGAUACAGUUCGGCGGCGAGCCGUCUCCUGUGACGGCUCCGUCGUCACAUCUGACCAUCUCCGUGCCGGCCAAGGGCUCGUUCCGGUGGGCGGGGACUGCUGCCGCUGCGGCACCGCCACCGCCAGCGCCAGCACCGGUGGAGGACUUCCGCAAGUACCGCGGCGUGCGGCAGCGGCCGUGGGGCAAGUACGCGGCGGAGAUCCGCGACCCCAAGCGCCGGGGCUCCCGCGUGUGGCUCGGCACCUACGACACCUCCGUCGAGGCCGCCCGCGCCUACGACCGCGCCGCCUUCCGGAUGCGCGGCGCCAAGGCCAUUCUUAACUUCCCGAACGAGGUCGGCACCCGCGGCGCCGAGCUGUGGGCGCCGCCGCCUCCUCCUGUACCCGCGUCCCAGACCGCCGGCGCGACCAACAAACGUAAGAGAUCACACGAGGAGGACCCGGACGUCGAGGUGACCGGAGUGGUCAUAAACAAGGCCGUGAAGACCGAGGCGCCGUCGCCGUCGUCGGCCCAUGUGUCGUGGGAUACGCCGUCGUCCGUGUCGCGGGAGACAGCCUCCUCGACGUUGACGUCGGCGGCCACGACGCCGGAGGGAGGGCUUCCUCCGACGCUGUCGAGCUCGGGCUGGGAGCAGUACUGGGAGGCUCUGAUGGGAGGGAUGCCGCUGCUGUCGCCCUUGUCGCCGCACCCGGCGCUGGGGUUCCCGCAGCUCACCGUGAGUUAAUUAAGAUGCGGUUAUUACGUACUGUGAUUGAGCUUGGGUUAAUUAACCAAUAAUAAGCAGGCCUUCGUACUAGCUUAGUUGAAGGCCGCAUGCAUCUCUCUGCAUGCUGGGACGCGUACACUUCUUUGGGGCUUAAUGAUAGGUGUAAUUAUAA